AUGUAUCCAAAGGCAGACUGCGAACCACUGUCCUUGGAAGCUUGGAGACGUUGCGUACGCAAGAGUGAUUCUCGGAGACAGGUAGAUCCAGAGCGCGGCCCACAACGCGCCUUGUACAACUCCACGCAGCGCGACUCUGCCGCUGCGCGGGAUUCUGCGCUUGACGGAGCGGCCAGGCCGUUUGUUGAGCGGGACGUCGUCGAAAAUAUCGGUCAGAAUGAACUUUUCAUAGUCGCUGUAGUCGAACGAGGGUCCGGUGACAAGCGAGCCAUAGAAGAAGACGUAACCGAGGAAGAACAGGAUUGGGGGGUACUGCAGCACUGCUCUGGAACGCUGGAAAGUGGUGAGCUGGUUGAAUUUGGCAGUGUCCGAUUUAUACAGUCUUCCGUCGCUGACAGACCAGCCAAACGAGCUCAAUUUCAUCACUAA